UUGUGCAUGGUAUUAAAGAUUAUUUUUGUAGAUGGCACUAUUAUGUAAAAUUUUAAUAUCGAUCUUCCACUCUUUAUAAAAGUUAUGGAUUAAACGGCGUUGUAAGUUUGGAGUUUGGAGUUGGCAUUGUUGGCAUUGUUGGCAAGGACUUUCAAGAUUAAUACUCAACAUGGCUGCCCGAUCAGUUAUUAAAUAUUUACGUCCAAAAACUGUUAUAUCUCAAAUUCAUAGAUGUGCUUCACUCUCUGCAUUUGAAAUACAACAUAAAACCCCAACUAUUAAAAAGGUAAUGCCCAUACCAAAAGCUCACUAUGGAGGACGACACACAGUUACUGUUUUGCCUGGUGCUGGAAUUGGUCCAGAAUUGAUGACCUAUGUAAAAGAGGUUUUCAGUUAUGCAGGUGUACCAGUAGAUUUUGAAGACGUAGAUAUUGAUCCAAAUGCAGAUGACAAUGUUGAUUUACAUUAUGCUAUUACAUCAAUCCGUAGAAAUGGUGUAGCAUUAAAAGGAAACAUUGAAACUCGUAGUACAGAAGCUGGUGUACUUUCUCGAAAUGUUGCUCUUCGAAAUGAGUUAGAUCUUUAUGUAAAUGUCUUACAUUGUGUAUCAUAUCCUGGAGUAAAUUCACGGCAUAAAAAUAUUGAUAUUGUUAUUGUGAGACAAAAUACAGAGGGGGAAUAUGCUAUGUUAGAGCAUGAAAGUGUACAGGGUGUUGUGGAAAGUAUGAAGGUGAUUACAACUAGUAAUUCUGAACGUGUUGCAAGAUAUGCAUUUGAAUAUGCUAAGCGAAAUGGAAGAAAAAAAGUUACCACAGUUCAUAAAGCAAAUAUAAUGAAGCUUUCUGAUGGGUUGUUUUUAGAAACAUCAAAAAGAGUUGCAAAAGAUUAUCCAGAUAUUAUUCAUAAUGAUAUGAUUAUUGAUAAUACUUGUAUGCAAUUGGUCUCUAAUCCACAUCAGUUUGAUAUAGUGUUAACAACCAAUUUAUAUGGGGCAAUUGUAUCGAAUGUAGUAUGUGGUUUAUUAGGUGGUGCUGGAUUAUUAUCAGGUAAAAAUUAUGGUGACCAUUACACAGUGUUUGAACCAGGUACUCGUAAUACUGGUACAGGCAUUGCUGGGAAAAAUAUUGCUAAUCCUAUUGCAAUGUUAAAUGCUGCUGUUGAUAUGUUACGUCAUCUUGGACAUAAGCAUCACGCUACGUUAAUUCAAAAUGCUAUCAAUAGAACUAUUAACCAAGGUAUACAUACUCGUGAUCUUGGUGGACAAGCUAGCAGUAGAGAAGUUGUUGAUGCUAUAAUGAAAUAUAUUAAAACAGCAUCUGAUUAAGACUGAUACAGUGUAUCUUGCUAAACCUAAUAUGAGAGGGAGAAUUAAAAAGUAAGUAGUAUUUGUAUUAAAAUGAAGUAUUCAGUAUUUGAAGUUAGUUUUUAUUUGAUUAAUAUUUAUUUGAAAAUAGAAUCUAAGUACUACUUUUUACAUAAUUCCAAUGUUUAUUGAGACAUUUAUCAUAUCACGAUACCAGUUCUUCUAUUGCAUAGUUAAAGAAUUGUCGUCCAACUUGCGAUAACCAUUUUCACGUCGCACUUCGACCUUUUUCAUCAGAGCCGUAUCACUUUGGAACGCUUUUUUUUAUUGGCCUGAAGACAUCAAAGUCAUAAGGCGAAAGGUCUGGGUCUAGACUGUACGGAAGUUGCUAUACGUUCCACUUGAAUUUUUCUAGUAUAUUCUUCGUGGAUCGUGCCGAGUGUGAAUGUCCGAUCCGACGAACGCGAUAUGUUUCACGAUUGAUAACAAAUGAAAGGCAAUCGUUAUGUCGAAAAUAUCAAUAUAAUCUUAGAACACAAGUAUUGAGAAAUGUUGUCACUUUGCUGCCAAGUUUCCUCAAGAUAUUUUUAAUACACAAAAAGUUAUAGAUGAAUGCAACUUACUUUUUGACUCACCCUCGUAAUAAUGUAGAACCAUAUAUAUUUAAUUUUGCUUUUUAGAAAGAAUAUUCAUUGUAUUUGGUAUAAUGUUAAAAUAUUAUUGCAAUUGACAGCAGUAACUGUAUUCUCUACUUAAAACGAAUUCUAUACAAUUAUGUAAAUCGCACAAAAUUAUAACAA